AUGGCCGCCACUAUCUUCACUCAUUUUGGAACGUCUGUGCACAAGAAUAUUGCAAAGGUCACUGGAAUCGGAUUCGUUGACUACGCCCCAGACGAUUGUUAUAGAAAAGUGAUUUUGAUGCCACUAUACGGUAUUUCCUUGGCAACGAUGAUCGCACAAUCAAAAGAUUUGGAUACCGAAAAUCGUCGUCUCAACGGGCUGAAUGAGCAACCGAAAGUUUCGUUUAGAAUUCCUGAUAUCCAAAAGCUUGGCAGCAAGUUACUCAGUGAACUCGAAUUUCUCGCCAGAUACAGAGUUUUACAUUUGGACAUUAAAAGCGAGAAUCUCCUGUUUAUGCACCAGAAUGCAUUCCACGUGGAAUUCAGCAGAGAUCGUCACUCGUAUAUCGUCCCCGACAACUUGGACAUCGUUAUUUCCAACUUCGGAAUGGGAAAACUGGACAAAGACAUUGGACCGAUGGCAGAACUUGUUCAAACGGAGAUAUAUUGCGCCCCUGAAGUAUUUGUUGGUUGUUUGGCCAAUAGUCGAUCGGACAUCUGGUCCGUGGGAAUGAUCAUUCUGGAGUUGUACACAACAUCUGACAAUUUCGAAUCGCCAGUUCCAGACAAGCAAGAACUCAGACGUUCCCGGAAUAUCCAGUUCGGCAUCAAUGAGUAUAUGACACCGGGAUUGUGGGAAGAAGCGGCAAAUACUGAGGGAGGAGAAGCAGUUCGUGGUCCAAUCAAGCUCUUCGACAAUGGACCUGCCGAUCCUUCUGCUCCUCGUUUGUCUGACCUUAAGAGAAUCCAUCACGCCGACGGGCUUUUCGCAUUCCUUGAUGAUGCCCUUGUCCUCGACUGGAACCGACGCCCAUCCGCCAGACAGCUGCUUCUUCACGACUUCUUCCAGAAUCAAUAA